AUGUCAGUUCGGCGAUCUGCGCGCGGCUCAGGUGCCCGGAAGAGCUAUACAAAUGACCCUUUUGAUGCGGUCGGGUUAGAGGAGGAGGAAGACGAGGAAGCCAUUGAACAGUCCAUUACUUACAAAGGCAAAGGGAAACGCCGGCGUGAAUCCGAUGAUGAAUUCGACGAGGCAGCAGCUGCUUCGGCCGAACAGGCGUUUAAGGAAGAAGAUGAUGAGGAAGAAGAAGAAGAAGGUCUUGCCGAUGAACUCGCCCAAAGCGAUGGCAGUGGUGAUUUUGAAUUAACCGAGCCUACUAUUGAUGCCUCGACUGCUGUGAGCGUUAGUAAUGCCAAUCGCGCACGCAAAAGGAGAACGGAUGGAUCGACCUUGUAUAAGUCAGAAGAUACUCAUAGUCGUGGUGCCUAUAACCCAUCCGAACAUGUCGGCAAGUCUAUGCAUAUCAAGUUGACAUUUGGCUUGGACAACCGCGAUCUUCUCGCUGCUGCUAGCGCUCGAACCCAGUGGUCUUUGGGUGUCGAUGCAACAUUUCCCACUAGGGCGUCUUUGGAAAAUACGACGAGUGCUGCCCAUUAUGGCCCAGGUAGCACGCAUGGGAUAUCGGCUGCAGACCUCGAGCGUGAAGCUACAGAGGCUUGGAACUGGUAUCACGAUGCAGAUAGCGGGCUUAGAUUUAGGGAAAGGCAACGUGUAGAGAAGAUUGAUAUGGACCAUGCCCAGCAAAAGUUCCUAUACAGGCCACAGAAAAAUAGCCACAAGGUCAUAUACGGGCCGGGCGAGAAUUUAUCCACAGCUUACCUCCGCCAGUAUGAAUCUCUCAAUUUUGGAGAGGCAUGGAAAUACCGCGAUGAGACGCAUAAAAGUGGAACACCUGUUUCAGCUGGGAACAAGGCAAAUAGGGGGCGUUCAAAGAAAACCACAAGUGGUCCAGCUGCAAGUAAGAGAAACGAAGAUGAACCUCCCAAGAUUACAGAAAGUCAACGACGAAAGAAUCGCUACGGGUGGAUUUUGAAUCUCUCUGGAAAAAUCCAAGCAUUAGGCUGGGCCCCCAACCAGGACGGGUUGACCCAAUAUUUGGCAGUGUCGGUUCCAAUCAGUUCAGAACAAGAGAAGCAGUAUGAUCCGUCUGAACCACCAGCUGCCUCACGAGCCUUUUCUCCCUCGUCACCUUAUCCGGGGGCUAUACAGAUCUGGUCUUUUGAUGCCGAAGACCGCAAGGAUGGCAUUGUCAAGACGGUAGAUAUUAACCGCAAGCCGACAUUGCGGCUAGUACUGUGCAUGGAAUUUGGACAUAUCAGAAAAAUUCAUUGGUGUCCGAUGCCACGGAGGAGACGUGAUGAAGAAGAUAAUUUCGAGCACGAUUUGGGUUUGCUCGCUUGCGUCUUUUCAGAUGGUCGUACGAGAGUCUUUAAUAUCAAGGUGGAUAGAAACGUCAAGACUACAGAGUACCUGUAUGUCAAAUCGGCCGCAUUCACCGCCAUGCCUUCUCCAACGAUUUCUUCCUGUUUGGCCUGGCUGUCCCCAACUGACAUAGCCGUUGGCUGUGCGAACGGCUGGGUUGCGGUAUACAACCUUUUAGCAUAUCAGGUCAUUUCGAAGCUUGAUCAGCAAGAAGAUGAUCCUAUUCCGUACAUCUAUAUUCCUGUUCACUCGACCUACAUCACCAAUCUAGAGACGGCGUACCCCCAGCAUCCACACCUCAUAUCUACCGCAGCAAUGGACGGAAACACGAGACUUACCUCGCUAUUUGACCCCGUCAAGGACAUGGUCGAUACCACGAGACAGCGAUUGGGGAAUAUGCAAAUCUCUUACUAUCCUUAUCUGCAGGCAUUUGUGUCUAGUGACGAGCAUGACGCCGUUCGCGGACUGUCUGUCCGCCGAUUCUUUACUUCUACUUCGAUCGGUAGACUUCCCAGCGCUAUUUCAGCUAUUGCUAAUGGCAGUCGCUGGCAUCCAUCUGUCAUGGCUGGGUGUACAGAGGGCUCUAUAUAUAUUUUCAAUCCGCUUCGUAGGUUUAUGCAUGCCAAAGAGUCGCAUUUUCAUGCGCGGUGGUUCUUGCAUGAAUGGGCUGCUGGGAAAGACGAACAGACGCCCAAUACAAGUCGCUUCAUGGAUGAUAUAGAAGUGGAGAGUUUGAGUUUAUUGCGAUCACUGAAGGCUGAUGGGAAAAUCGUGAAUGGGAUGUUAACUCUCACGAUAUAUGAUGAGGAACAACACAUUACGAAUGUAGACUGGAAUUCGAAUCAGCAUUGUGCUGGAUGGGCAGCUGCGGGUAUGGGGUCUGGUUUGGUACGAGUGGAAGACCUGGCAAUGUUUCAUUAG